CAAGGGAGUCUUUGUUUUUCAAAUUUCGAAUAUUUUUAGAAAAACCAGAGGCGAUCCAAUGAAAUAACAACAGGCGCUCUCUCUCUCUCUCUCUCUCUCUCUCUCUCUCUCUCGUUUUCUCUCCCAGUGUCGUCUUCUCCACUCGCUCAUUCAUUACAUGUUUCAAAUCAAUCCAUACAAAUGAGCUCGGAUCCAGUUAUGCAGGGGGUGAAUCACAAUGUUGAUGAAUAUAUCUCCCAGCUCAUGCAGUGCAAACCCUUGUCUGAACCAGAGGUUAAGUCGUUAUGUGACAAGGCAAAAGAGAUCCUGAUGCAAGAAAGCAAUGUGCAGCCUGUUAAAAGCCCUGUGACAAUCUGCGGGGAUAUUCACGGGCAAUUUCAUGAUCUCGCAGAGCUUUUCCGGAUCGGAGGGAAGUGCCCGGACACAAAUUAUUUAUUCAUGGGAGAUUACGUUGACCGUGGUUAUUACUCGGUUGAAACAGUGUCUCUCUUGGUGGCCCUUAAAGUGCGUUAUCCGCAAAGGCUUACUAUUCUAAGAGGAAACCAUGAAAGUCGCCAGAUCACUCAAGUGUACGGGUUUUAUGACGAAUGCUUAAGAAAAUACGGAACUGCUAACGUGUGGAAGACAUUUACCGAUCUAUUUGAUUAUUUACCACUCACCGCAUUGGUUGAAUCUGAAAUCUUUUGUCUUCAUGGUGGAUUGUCUCCGUCAAUUGAAACACUCGAUAAUAUAAGAAAUUUUGACCGUGUUCAAGAAGUGCCCCAUGAGGGGCCCAUGUGUGAUCUUUUAUGGUCCGACCCUGAUGACCGUUGCGGUUGGGGUAUUUCACCUCGGGGCGCUGGAUAUACAUUUGGUCAAGAUAUAUCCGAGCAAUAUAAUCAUACAAACGGCUUAAAGCUAAUUGCUAGAGCACACCAGCUGGUUAUGGAGGGAUUCAAUUGGGGACAUGAACGAAAAGUUGUGACAAUUUUUAGCGCGCCUAAUUAUUGUUACCGUUGUGGAAAUAUGGCUUCAAUUCUUGAAGUGGAUGAUUGCAAGGGUCACACGUUCAUUCAGUUUGAACCAGCUCCAAGGAGGGGAGAGCCUGACGUGACACGUAGAACACCCGAUUAUUUCUUAUGAUGCUGACAUGGCAGUCUUGAUCAGACCGGCAUGCUGACUCAUUCUCUCAUGGGAAAUAAAGAGACCAAAAAGGGCAUAUAUGGAAUUUUGAAAAUGAGGCAGUGAUCCUGGAGUUGCUUUGCUGCACAAACAUAACAACCAUCAGUUUGGUCAUUUUUCAUUGUUUUUUUUUUUGUUUGUUUGUUUGUUUGUAGAGGAAAGGCAUUUAAAUGUUUGUCACUUAAAAGUCUUUCCCUCUCAUGGUUUUUUUUUGCUGUUAUAAUUAUUAUGAAUUACCAUUAUUUAGUUGAAAACACUUGAUAUUAAUUUGCGGAUCGCGUUAUGGCCA